ACUCUCUGACUUGCGAUAUGAACACCCUCCAGGCUCUGGUUCUCUUGGCCGCAGGCCUCUCUGUCGCCCACUCAUUGGACUACAAGGCACUCUCCCAGUUUAGAAAGAUGAUCCUGUGCGUGUUGCCUAAUAGCUGGCCUGCUUUAGACUACGCCGACUACGGCUGCUACUGUGGAAAGGGAGGCUCUGGCACACCUGUGGAUGAUCUGGACAGAUGCUGCCAAGUGCAUGACCAGUGUUACAACGAUGCAAUGCAACACCCUAAGUGCUGGCCCAUCAUCGACAACCCGUACACCGAGUAUUAUGACUACAGCUGCGACAAGGAAAACAAGAAAGUCACCUGUGGCAACAAAAACAACGAAUGCGAGAUGUUCAUCUGCGAGUGUGACAGGAAGGCUGCCGAGUGCUUUGGCGUGUCACCUUGGAUCCCUGAACACGAGCACCUGCCCAGCGACCGCUGCCAGUAAAGUCCAAGCUACUGCAGUACAUAUGUGUUGAUUAUCCUCGGCAUAGUUGAAAUAUUCACAUAUUGACCGUAUACAUUUUGCCCAUGUAUGUCUUAUAGUAACUGUAUGGGAGUCCACUGAUAUUAGCAACCCAUAACCAUCCAUCAUUCUUUUCAUCUGCUGUUUUUUUGUUUGUUGCAUUUGUAGUUUUGCAGCUAUCCUGAUAA